AAUUUAAGACGAAUUGAGGAAACGUGGAGGAAUUUUAUAUUGUUUGUGGCUCGCCCACCGUGCAUAGUGGGGUAAUGCGAUCAGAAAUAAAUAACUCUCCCCAAUGUAUUGUUGAGAACUUACGCAGUGGAAAGUACGUACACAUUUGAGUUAUUAAAAUUUUAAAAUAAAACAUUGUUUCACAUUGAAAACAAUUGCAAUCGUAAAGAAUAUUCCAUCAUUUAAUUUGAAUGUUGAGAAUCAUAUUUUUGACCGAAUUAAACUCGAGAGCGCCCCGUAGUGCGUGCACGAAGCUUGAGCAUCCCUGCAAUUUUGACAUUUCUCCAAACAACUUCUACCGCAGCAAGCAGAUCCAGAAAGUUUUGUUAUCGUACAAGAACGAAGUGCUCUUUGGUGAAGAAUCUCAAUAAAAAUGAGCCGCUCAUCCAAUAGUAUCCUUCUCGAUGGAACCGGAUUGGAAAAGAGUCUAAAAAUAGUGAAGAAUGAAGCUGAAGAACAGUUGGAGAACUUUCUGGCUCCGGUAGCGGAACUGGCUGAUGACAUCAGUAGCGGACGUUCUAAGAUUGUUAAACCAACACCAGGAUUCUGUAUUAAAGCGUUCAAAAAGGAUUCGAAGGAAAAGUUUUUCAUCAAUCUAUGCGAAACGGAUGGCAUUCCGCCACCGCGCGACAUCACCGAGGACGAGCUGAUCCGCAUCCUGAACGACGGUGAACCCAACUCGUAUCGCAUACCGAUGAGCAUAACCGUACCGCGCACAAUACAGGACAAAGCUAACCAAAGCUGCCAGGUGUGUGAUAUCGCGAUCAAUACGAAUUUUUAUGCCAAGAUCGAAUCGGGCGGAUUGAUGCGCGAGUUCCUUAUCAGCGUGUUGUUCGAUGGGGUGGAAAACAAGUAUGGUGUUUCGCUGGACGAACGCAGCUUUCGCAUACUGAAGAACAAAAAGUUUAUGGGCCGAUUGAUACCGCACAACAUACAGAACCGCGAUGUGAAGCAGGUGAUCGAAAGCUAUCCGAGCCAGUCGGCCGAAGAUCGGGCGCUGCUGAGUGAGCUCGAUAAUCCUCGGCCGCUGAUGGGGUCGCAGGGUAGGAAGCCGCUCAUUGAAGAGAUCGAUGCGGGAACGGUGAAAACGGUCAAGAACGAAACGAACAGUUCGCGUACUGUGGUGCCGGUAAGCACCGGUAGCAACAGUACGUCGGAACGUGUGCCGUACGUGCCGGACCCGACAAAGGUGGCAAUUUCGCAAGCCGCCACAAAGAAACCGGAAAGCAAGCUGUUCCGUGAACCACCAGCAGGGAAAGCGAAACGAUUAAUAGGCGAAUUCCAUCUGCCGGAUUGUAUUUCAUCGAGCGAAAUUACGCUGGACGUUGGAGAAGAUCGCAUUUUGUUGGAAGCACGCAAGAAAGGUUACCUGCUGGACGUGUUCGUGGACUAUCGUAUCGAUGAGAGCAAAGUGGAGGCCCAUUUCGAUAGCGCAACCAAAAUACUGCAAGUAACGAUGCCGGUACUGGCGGCUUAAGGACGCAGACGAGCCAACCAUAUGUACAGAUUGUUCCUUUUUAUCGAACCUGUCUCCAUAUUCCUUUGCUGUUAUCAAUUUCUUUUCAAAUAGUAUUCUUCAAAAC